AUGGCUGAAUCAUCAAGGUGUGAGACCUUCGUCUUCCUGGACUUGGAGGCCACUGGCCUUCCCAAUGCCUAUCCUGAAAUUGCAGAGAUCUCUUUGUUUGCCAUCCAUCGCUUUUCUCUGGAGAACCCUGAGAGGGAUGAGUCAGGUGCCCUACAGCUGCCUCGGGUCCUAGAUAAGCUGACCCUAUGCAUGUGCCCUGAGCGGCACUUCACCCCAAAGGCUUCGGAGAUCACAGGCCUGAGUAAUCAAAACCUAACCAACAAUCACAAGCCAGGUUUUGAUAGCACUGUGAUCAAAACCCUUCAGCAGUUCCUGAAGCGGCAGGAAUCUCCAAUCUGCCUAGUUGCCCACAAUGGUUUCGACUAUGACUUUCCCCUCCUUCGGACUGAGUUGCAGCGUCUGGGUGCAGACAUGCCUGAAGGGACCAUCUGCCUUGACACGCUCCCUACACUGAGGGGCUUGGAUAAAGCCCACCACCACAGCACCAGGGCAAGCCAUGGCAAAAAGAGCUACAGCCUCGGUAAUCUGUACCGCCAGUAUUUUAAUGAUGAACCCAAAGCUGCCCAUUCAGCUGAGGGAGAUGUCUACACACUAGUCAUGGUCUUUCUUCAUAGGGCUCCAGAGCUCCUUCAAUGUUUUGAUGAUGAAGCCCAGAGCUGGGAUGACAUCCAACCCAUGUAUACCCCUAGUACCAGAAGACCCAGUAGUCGAGGCCACAAUGCCUGA